GGCUCUGCCCCAACCAAACAAAGAGGGCAGGAGUUUUUCAAACAGCAGCCUCCCAAAAAGUUGGCUGCUGCAGAAUUGGGCUAUGCUGGGACCCAGGCUGGCCACAGAGGAUGCAGCAGCAGUAAGUUGGUGCCAUCGCCUGCGAGGAUCCUGGCAGUCGUCUUUGGUCCCUGUACGUGGAUGCUCUGACUGUUUGCUUCUGUGCAUUAAGCUGGUUUGGGUGCUGGGAGCGUGAUGGGGAAGGAGAGAAACUUCUUGCAGUGGUAGUUCGAGAGGGGUGUGCGCGGCAGGGAGGGAUGGCAGGACACUGGUGUUAGGGAGCUCCUGUGGCCCACAGCCAUCCCGUGCCCGGUGGGGUGCUGCUCUGGAUGGAGGAACUGCUGCUGUUCGGCACGCAGAGCAGGGACGCGCUCGAGUGGGGAUGUGGAGGUCUGGUGCCGCACUGAGACUUGGUGUCAGAGCUGGGAGUGGCAUGCCCGAUCUGAAACGCUGUUCUCCAGCUGCUUCUUGAACUCAGAAACCUGUCUAGGAAUUUUCCAGCAGAGGCGCAGACCCUCUUUAGACGUUGCCUGUGUGUCGAUAGACUGCUGGGUGGUGGAUUUAAGGCAGCAGAUGAUCACAGAGCUGCUCCAGCCAAGACGCCGUAGACGAGCAGGAGAGGAAAGAAUGGAGCUCCAUGAGUGCUGCUUUCGGAUCUUGCCUCUGUGUUUUUCUGCCCCUUCAUUCCUGCACCUCCCGGCUGUUGAUGAGAACCGCGCUAUUUACUGCCGUCUCUGCAGGCACAGGACGGUGUCGUCUCCAGACCCAAAGGGCAGGCUCUGCAGCACCAACAGCUUCCACGCAGUAGUUGUCAGCAUGGUCAUCCCUGGUUCUGCUUGCCGUAACCUUCCAGGCCACCGAGGAGACGCAAGGCUCUGGUGGGGACCUGCCAGCCUCGCGCAAUGAACUGCUCCCUGCCAGGGCUUGCACCGAGCUUCUGGGGAUACUGAGCUGCUGCUCGGGACCCUGACCGCUCCUGAUCCCUCACUGUGCUGCUGGCAGUGGGGAAUCAAUAUCCGGGUUGGGACACUGGGCAGAGCCAAGCCCGUUACCAUCUUCUGUGCCCUUGGGGGACCCGGGGACCAGGCUGGACCCCCAGCUGUGAGGGGGCUCCACAUGAGUGAGGGACGGGUUUUGGGCUGUCGCUAGUCACUCCGGUGGGAAGAACCACCUCCUUCCUCCUCUUCUGGGAACCGAGUCACUGCUGGAAGCUGGGGAUGGCACCACGUGGGCCCAUGGCCAGGGCCGGCAGCCUGGCAGCAGAGCACUAGCAGAGCCUGAGCACCAUCACCGUGCUUCGUGCUGCCUGGGGGCUGCUGGCGGCUGCGCUCUGGGGAUGUAGGCGCCGGGCGCAGGAGGGGUGCCAGGAGCGAUGGGCCGGCUGGAUGACCACGCCAAGAGGAGGAUUGUGGAGCUGCGCAGGGCUGGACUGAGCUUCCGCAAGAUCAAGAAGGUGCUGGAGCUGGACGGCAUACGGGUGACGCCGCAGGCUGUGUACCUCUUCCUCAAGCGGAAGAGCGUGGAGCCAGGGUCGUCGUUGGCCAGCUGGGACGGGGACCAGCCCUGGCCCCCGCUGUGGGGGCACAAGGCUGAGCAGCCCGAGGCGCGGGGUGCCCGGACCCCCACAAUGCCUGGUGGGAGUCCUGGGGGCAGCCAGGGGCCCUGCCCCACUGGCAGCCGGGACACCAAGGAGGACAUCCAGAUCGUCAGCGUGGCCUCGCUCUGCAAGGAUGGCGGGCAGCGCAGGGAGGUCCUGCCCGUGGGACUGCCCCUUGGGAACGGCGAUGACAGUUCCACAGGCACCCCCUCGGCUCCGGGGAACUGCUCCCCUCCAGGGGGCCCGGCCACCCCCCCACAGCCCCUGCCCAGUCGAGGGUGGCUGGUUGCACCCCCUGCCAGGAACCCAGCCCUGAUGGUGAAGAAGAAGAUCGUGGACAGGGCUAUCCUCCUGCAGAAAAAGGUCAAAGAUGCCAGCACUCAGACUGCCCUGCUGAACCUCAUGAGUCCUGGAAAUCAAAACCUUGCUUGGGGUGGACCAGUGCUUCCCCCAGCUCCCAGCUCCCAUGCCAUGGCCGAAAAGCUGGAUGCUGUACAGACAGAGAUCCAGAAGCUGAGCCAGGCCCUGCAUGCGGUGCUGGAGAGGCAAUGCCGCCUGGAGCGCCAGCAGGAGCACCAGCAGCGGCUGCAGCAGGAGGUGCUGAUGACGCUGCAGCAGCUCAGCUCCACCGUGAGCCACGGCACCGUGCCGGCGAACCAGCCCUGCGUCCCUUUCAGCAGUAUGGCCGAGGCCUCGCCCACCAUGCCGAACUUCAGCCAGUUCAAGAUGGAGCUCAUCUGACCUCACGUGACACCAGCAUGCUCUAGCAGCACUGCACUGAUGGCAGGAUGACGCCACGAAGAAGAACCACCUCUCAGAGGCUGUGGCAGCUGCCUAAGGAUUGUGUGCGGCACCCAGCAGAGACGGUCACCGGUGCCUCACGUUUUCAGCCCUGCUGACUGAAAGGGGCUGCCUGGCCCAAGAGACAGGGCAGUGGAAAGCUGAGGCCUUGCUUCUCCCGUGCUGCCCGUCCCAGCUGGCCCUGCAGCUGGCUGGUGGCCCAUGGGCUUCAGCAGUGCAGGCAGGCUGCCUGCAGGCAGAUGAUGUAACUCAUAGAGACACAGCAGGGAGGUGGGUCUCAAAGAAAAUGCGAGGCUUCCUCGCACGAGGGUCAGUGCUGUGACGAUCAGUCACAGAAACGCUUUGUGCCCUCCCUCUGCAGAGCCUUGUUCAAUAAAAAUCCAUAUACACCAUGGUUCAGAAA